AUGUCUGUUAUAGACUUUAAAACCACGGAUGAGAAAGUAUCUUUACAUCACAGCUGCAAGAAAGAGAAAACUCAAAGACAUACUGGUUAUUUUGCUUCAACAUAUGCUGUGAAAAAAAUUUGGGUUGGAAUCUGUUUGCUUCUGGUGGAGAUGUGUGAGAGGUUCACUUUCUUUGAAGUCGUCUGCAACAUGAUCCCCUUUUGCACUGUCAAGCUUGGCUAUCCCAAUUACCAGGCAGCCAUUUUGAACUUGUGUUUUAUUGGAACUUCAAUAAUUAGCCCUAUGUUUGCGGGAUGGCUUGCUGAUGUCUGUCUAGGAAGAAACAAGCUGGUAUAUGCUUGCUUAUGUCUACAUUUUCUAGGCACUGCAUUGUUAUCUGUGGUUGCUUUUCCCUUGGGAGAUUUCUAUAUAGGCACUCACCAUAUGAUUAACCAUAUACCAAAAAAGGAGCAGAAGAAGCUGUUUUACACAGCAUUGCUGGCCAUCUGCCUUGGCACAGGAGGACUGAGAGCCAUCGUCUGUCCACCGGGUGCUUACAGCCUUAAGGAGCAUGGAUCCCAGAAACAAAUGUCUUUUUUUAACUGGUUCUGCUGGAUCAUGAACCUGAAAGCAACUGUUGUCUUUCUGGGAAUAUCUUACAUCCAGCACUCAGGGGCUGGGGCCCUGGUUCUACUCAUUCCCUUUAUGUCUACACUUAUGGCUUUGACAACCCUUCAUAUGAUGCACUGUGACUUGAUUUAUCAGCCAGAAAAAUGUUGCUCCCUCCUGACAACCUUUGGGGUGUUUAUUAAUGCACUGAAAAUAUGCUGUCUGCGCUAUUGCCAUCUUGCUGGAGAUGUGACAAGCUGGUUAGACCAUGCCAAGAAAAAAAAUGGCGGUUGCUACAGUGAGCUCCACGUGGAAGAUACAAAAUUUUUCUUCACCCUUCUCCCUCUCUUCAUUUUUCAGCUCCUUUACAGAAUAUGCAUUAUGCAGAUUCCUUCAGGCUAUUAUGUGCAGACCAUGAAUUCCAACAGGAAUUUGGAUGGAUUUCUUCUGCCAGUUGCAGUAAUGAAUGUCAUCAGCACCCUACCAUUAUUAAUUCUGGCGCCUUGUAUGGAGUAUUUAAGCACCUUCCUCUUUCCCUCGAAGAGAGAUGGAUCAUUUCUGUGGCCAUGCAUUAUCGCUGGAAAUCUUUCUGCUGCAUUGUCUGUGAUGGUAGCUGGUUUCUUUGAAAUACACAGAAAACACUUCCCUCCAGUGGAGCAGCCUCUUUCAGGCAAAGUCGUCACCGUUUCUUCCAUGCCCUGUUUCCACCUGGCUCUUCAGUAUGUUUUACUUGGAGUGGCUGAAACACUGCUCAGCCCAGCCUUCUCUGUAAUACACAGAUUUGUUCCAAGUACCAUCAGAGGAACCUCUAUGAACUUUUUGACACUAUUCAAUGGAUUUGGUUGUUUCAUGGGGGCAUUGCUGGUGGAGAUGGUAUAUGUCAUCUCAGAAGGCAAUUGGUUUCCAAACACAUUAAACAAAGGCAAUUUAGAAAGCUUCUUCUUCUUUUUGGCAUCAUUAACGUUGUUGAACGUCCUGGGAUUCUGGAGUGUCUCACAAAGGUAUUGUAAUCUAAAUCAUUUUAAUGCCCAGAACAUCAGUGGAAGUAAUCUUGAAGAAACACUUCUCCUCCAUGAAAAGUCUCUGAAAUUUUAUGGCAGUACGCAGGAAUUUUCUUCAAGUAUCCAUCUUUGGGAGACAGCCCUAUGA